AGUCGGGAUGGGAGAGGGCGCGGAGAGGAGAGAGCCGCUUUUUAACCAUGGAAAUUUUGCUGCUGAGCAGCGUGCACAAUUUGGAAUAAGGACUUAAAACACUUGCAUAUGGGAGAACUUUCUUUUUUCUUCUUCUUCUUCUUCUUCUUUUUUUUUUUUUUUAUAAAGGAGAGUCUUGUGUGCAGGAUGCUGGAGAUUGCAAGUGGAGGAGAGACGAGAAUACCGUUUGAUCUGGCGAAAUUUCUGUGGUGAAAUAUGCGUUCAAGUCUUAAUUUAUUUCUUCAGUUAAUUUCCGCUUAUUUAUUUUUUUAAGUCACACUUUGAUUGACAAAAAUGGAUUUCUUAAAUAUCUCCAGCCUGGAAGACGAGAUAGAGGGAAAAAACAUCUCCUCUAAUUCCACAUCUGAGAGCCAGUACAGUCAGCUCGCUGUCUGGGGUCUGGCUGGACUUGUUAGCUUUUUAAUUUUGUUUACAAUAGUCGGGAACGUGUUGGUUGUUAUCGCCGUUUUAACAAGCAGAGCCCUUAAACCUCCCCAAAACCUCUUUCUGGUCUCCCUGGCCAGUGCAGACAUACUGGUGGCCACUCUGGUCAUGCCUUUUUCUCUGGCAAAUGAACUUAUGGGCUACUGGUUUUUUGGCAAAAUUUGGUGUGACAUCUAUCUGGCUCUGGACGUUUUAUUCUGCACUUCUUCUAUUGUUCAUCUUUGUGCAAUUAGUUUGGAUAGGUACUGGUCAGUUACGCAGGCGGUAGAAUAUAACUUAAAGAGAACACCUAAACGAGUGAAAGGCAUGAUUGUGGUGGUCUGGCUAAUCUCAGCCAUUAUCUCCUUUCCUCCACUGAUAUCAGUGGACAGGAGCAGCAGCAAGGCCAGUCCCCAGUGCAUGCUGAAUGAUGAGACCUGGUACAUCCUCUACUCCAGCAUUGGAUCAUUCUUUGCUCCCUGUGUCAUUAUGAUUUUGGUCUACAUUCGGAUCUACCAAGUGGCAAAAACCAGGACCAGGACAUUAUCAGAGAAAAAGAGAGAUGUGGAUUCACCUCUGGAGAAUGGAAUGGACCAAAAUGAACCAGGUAUAGCUGGAUCAUUAAAGUCAACCAGAGGUGGGAGUAUAAAAGAUCAGGAACGUGAAAAUGGACACUGUCAAAAGCAAGUAAUCGGAUCUCCACUACCAAACGAGCCAAAAAAUCCACCAACUGACCACGAUGAUGACUUCGACGAGAGCAGCUCAUCAGAUGAGAAACAAAAGAAGAGUAGCAAUUCCUCAAAACAUCAUCAGGAAGACAGGAAAGACAAAAAAUCCAGCAGAAAGAGCAGCUCUGCCUCAAAAUACUCUAGCAGGAAGUCGCGUUCCAGUUCAAAAUCCAUGGAGCUGUUUUCAUCUCGCCGCAAACGCCGGAGCACUGUCAACCGGAAAAAAGUCUCUGCAGCUCGGGAGAAGCGCUUCACCUUUGUCCUUGCUGUUGUCAUGGGUGUAUUUGUUGUGUGCUGGUUCCCUUUCUUCUUCUCUUACAGCCUGUAUGGAAUCUGUCGUAAGCCAUGUGAGAUCCCUGACACAUUGUUCAAGUUCUUUUUCUGGAUUGGAUAUUGCAACAGCUCUCUAAACCCAGUCAUCUACACCAUUUUCAACCAGGACUUUCGCAGAGCCUUCCAGAAGAUCCUCUGUAAGUCAUGGAAACGUACUUUUUGAGGAGUUCCUGCAUGACUGGCUUUGUGAUUUGAUUGUGGGCGUGUGGUGCUUUCCCACCAUCACUUUCAGGGACUGAAUUAGAAAGGGACACUAAAGGCUCAAAGAAGUGAUCCAGUGUAUAAAAAAGGGGAUUACACUACAAAAAUAAACUGAAAAUAUCCACACAGGAAGCUGGCAUGGUUUUCUUUUCUGACUGCCUUUUGAAUCUGAUGUGGGCUUCAGCUCAUUUCUCCUCUCUUUCCCCCCCUUCUGUCUUCAUCUACAUAUAACAGCUCCUUGCAGUUACUGUGAUGCACGCCUGCCACAGUAGCUGUGCUUGGAUGAACUCCAUAGGAGAUGCUUGAGUUUAGAGACACUGAAUUUAUAUUUACACAUUCACUGAAUAUAAUGCGAAGGCCUUGACAAUCUCCAUAAAAUUGUUGUUUGUGACAGUAAUAGUACUUAUUUCUUUUCUCUGUCUUGUAUUUGUUAAUUUCUUACCUUUCUAUUGCGUCACACUCUCAACAUGAGGACCAAUGGGACAAAGGGGCUCCUUGCUUACUGUAUAAGUAGCAAAACUAAAAAAUAAAAAUAAAAAAAGAAAAUAAAAAAAGAAAGAAAGAAAAACUAUGAAGUUGCAUUGUGAAAACAAAAAUGCCAUGUUUCUGAUUAAGUGCCCUGUGUGAUGCUGAGAAGCAUCCAAACUGGGAUGCUGCAGGGGAACCUUGACAUCAGGACAAAGUUCAUGGUGGACUUGGGACUGGAGCAGAGUGGCAACAUAGGCAAUGUCUUUUUCCAGGCAUGUGUUUAUACCUUGCCGCCUCUAUGAGACAAUAAAUGGAAUACUGUAACUAGAGGCAGAUGGGCACUUACUGAGGCGUGUGCUUGUUUGUGCGUGUGAAAGAGAACGAGGAGACAAACUGUAACUUGUAUCUGUGACAGAGUAAACUGGAGGGUUUGCAUCUUAUUCCAGCCGUCUGUUAGUGACUGUGUGUGUGCCUGAGCGCCUGUGUGUGUAUGCCAGGAUUCCCUCUGGUCAAGUGUCUGUUGACUCUUCAUCCUGUUGUUUUCCAUGCAAAUUUCCCCUCUCUUACGUCCACAGUAUAAGCCAAACACCCCGUUGCUCGCUUUUAAAGUUUGCUGCUUGAUACACAGAUUAAAACGCACUGAUAUCAUGUUCACAAAGACAUAAAAUGUUUAUACUGCUGUAAUUUUCAUCUUUCUAGCCAGAAGGGCUGAUGCUUUUUUCAUGUGUAAAUAAUUGACGAGAGUAAAAUUUUACUGUGUGGUGCCUCAUUAUCACACAUGUAUCAGUAUGAUGAAAAGCUUUUGUUUGUAUGAUGAACAAGCCUCUGAAAUAACUUCAUGUUUUGCCGAACCUGUCUUUUUCUAAAAAGAACAAAUGUUUACUUCUCUGAUUUGAGCACAUUUAAAAAGAUCAAAUAAAGACAUCACUGCAAUUGUCCUCUGACGACUGCCAGAGUGCAUGACUGCAUUCUUCAUUACUGUUAAUCUGCUUAGGUUUUUUUUUUUUCUUUCUUUUUAACUGCCUUGCCAAUGUUUUUUUAUAUAUUACACUGACACUGCUGCUGGUGUGACUCAGAACAUAUGACUUACAUCCUUUUUAAAUGAGAUUUUAUUAAGAUCACAUUCCUGGUUGUCUGUUUUUCAGGCUUAAGUGAAAAUUAUUCACUGAAAGAAUGAGAUAAAAACAAGGUAAAUCAUAUUUAAAGGAUGCAUGCCUGGGCUUAGAUAUUUUCAGCACAGGAAAUAGGGUUUUAAUUCUACUGAUAUGCAGCAAAUUGUACUUUAACUUAUAUUUAUAUUAAUUUAUUUACAGAAUUAGAUAUGAAGAUGCUAUGAGAUAUUGCAGAAGAAGAAUUUAUUGUGUAUAAGUCAGCAGUCUUUUAAAAUGCCCACUUAAUUUCUUUACAUUACAUUUGUAAGUUAAUUGAACUUUAAGCCAAACUGAGUUAUCAUCCGAUAUACAUAUUUUCCCCAAAAUCACAUGCUCGUGGUCUCUUAGUGAUUUCUAUCAAACACCAGCAUGUCUUUGAUAACCUCAAGUUGCAGUAAAAUAUAAUUUUAUUUUGAAAAACUAACAUCAUCAUUUUCUACAAUAAUGGAAAAAAAUUUAAGUCAAAAUGGCAACAACAAUAAAAAAACAAAACAAAACAAAACAAAACAAAACAAAACAAAAAACAGCUCAUGCUUGUUCUGCUUGAUUAAAACCAGGCUACCACCACUGAGUCAGUAAUGGAACUGCAGCUAAACGAUUUAACAGAAAACCCUGUGAUUUUUUUUUAUCACAUUUAUGUUGAUGUCAGAUAUUUACACUUAACAUUAAAUAAUUUCCUGGAGAAAUUCUAUUAAUCUUGACUUAAAGUUCAAGCUGACACUGGCUAAGAUCUAACAAUUAGCUACGACUGCGCUGACUAUGUUCUAUGUUUUUUCUUGCUUU